AUGGGCCAAGUGCACUCCAGAAGCUCUUUAGAACCUCAACACGAUCUCACUUCAUCCCACUUCCUCCUUAAAAAACAUUUCUCAUUCGCCGCACUAAACCUUACACACGGAAACUGUGCCAAUUCACCUGACAGCUUCAGUAGUAACCCCUUUUGCAACGGAAAACUCCUUCAAGAUGACGACCUACCAUAUCCACUCGACAUCACCCCCGCCUUUCAGCUGGUCUCUCCAGAAACAUAUGAUCACAUCGACAAGCAGAAAAAGUACGAUUUGCCAGGUUAUGAAGAGCAUAUAGAUAGAAUACAAUUAAGGCACGUGCUGUUUCGAUAUGUGUGGCAAGGAAAUUUUUCCUCACCUCUGGAUGAAGAAUUGAAACGAGGAAUUCGUGUGUUGGACAUCGGCUGCGGCAGUGGGUCAUGGGUGUUGGACAUGUCAGCCCAGUAUCCAAAUUCGUCCUUUAUUGGUAUUGAUAUGUGUUCUGACUACUUCCCGUCCAAGGAUCUCCCAUCAAACGUCCACUUUCAAAAACUCAACGUUCUCGACGGCCUUCCAUUCGCCGAUGGUGAAUUUGACUUUGUACACUCGAGAUUCUUGGUGCAAUAUCUAACCGAGUUACAAUGGAACGAGUUCAUUAAAGAAUUAAUUAGGGUCACGCGAUCGAAAGGGUGGAUCGAACUAAUGGAAAUGGACAUGAUAUUCCACAAUGCUGGUCCCCAUUCCACAAAAUUACAAGAUUCCACAAUAAACUACUUCCAAAAUCAAGGAAUACAAGCCGUCAUCAGUACUUCGCUUCAAACUUACCUCCGUUCAACCGAUGCCUUCACCCUGAUAAAUUAUGAUCAUCGAUCCAGUCCUUUAGGAAGAUGGGCUGGUCGUUUGGGUGUUUACACGUUAAUCUACUUUUCGUUGGCCUAUAAAAAUAUGAUGCGAGUAUUACCCAAAUACAUGAACAUUAAUGAGGACGAAUACUGUGUGUUACUGGAGAGGUUUCGCGGAGAAUGUGAAUUAUUUGGAACUCUCAUGGAUACAUUUAGAAUUUGUUGUGAGAAAAAGUAA